AGUUGGUGGGGCACGACGAGCGACAAAGCGGCAAGCUGGUUGCUAAAACAAAACGUCAAACUGGCCGAAUAAUUUCUUGGCAUUCCGACUGUUUGAGAGAACGAUGGCGUCGUGCAAGGAUCAACUUUGUCGAGCGAGAGAGAAGAACGGGCGACAAUCAAAACAACAGGACGCCAUUUUCUUCAUCCAAGAUGUCAGGCAGCCGACCAGGGGGGGCUCCACUUUGGAGCAUCCGCAGCCCCCCUAUGUUAAAGACGAAGAGGAGCAGGCUGAUUUCAGCGAGUUGCCACUGACCGUCAUUGUUGUGAAGAUCGAAGAAGAUGAAGACGAACCACCUGAGUCGGCGCAGCUUCAUCAUCACAGUUCGAGUGGAGAGCACUUUGAAGGAGCACCAUCAGACAAGCUCUUACCUCCACUGUCAGAUAGCCACAACACGGAAGAUAGGAACGAUGCAGACUGGGAAGGUGAUGACAAAUAUUUGAAAAAGGAGACAACUCUUAACAACAAGAAAGGGUCUCAAACACGCAGAAGACCUCACACACGUAAAGAAGGUUUGACCUGCUCAGUUUGUGGUAAAAGAAUUCCUUAUGAGAGUACUCUGACUGAACACAUGCGUACACACACGGGAGAAAAGCCCUUUAGCUGCUCAGUUUGUGGCGAAGGUUUUGCUCGAAAAGCAAAUAUGAAUAGACACGUGCAGACACACACGGGAGAAAAAGCUUUCACUUGCUCAGUUUGUGAUAAAUGCUUUUCUUAUAAGCACAGUUUGAAUGUACACAUGACGGAACACACGGGGGAAAAACCUUGGCGCUGUUCAGUUUGUGGUCAAUGUUUUGCUCGAAGGGAACAUUUGCACGUACAUAUGAGAGCACACACGGGAGAAAAACCCUUCAGUUGCUCAGAUUGUGGUAAAAGUUUUGCUUCCAAGCAAAAUCUAAAUGUACACACAAGGACACACACAGGAGAAAAACCCUUUAGUUGCACUCUCUGUGACAAAAAAUUCACUCAGAAGUUUUAUUUGAAAGCACACACGCGGAAGCACAACAGUAAAUAAUUCCUUCUAGUUUUGAUAGUCACUAAAAUACACUGUGACGUCACCAUAGAGACCAAUAUCUCAUUGGUCAUUUCGUGACUCAAAAAAUGGUCGUACAAUAUAAACAGUCACAA